AUGGCUCAGUGUCCUUAUAUCAAAGAAAAAGAAGAACUGGAAAGGGAUAUGUCACACAACAAUGAAUUACACGAAGACGAACUGAGAGACGAUGCCACAGAAGACGACAGGGAUGAUGAGGUAUCAAACAAUGUCACACGCAGAAACACCGAAAGGACAGAAUGGGUAGAAAAGAUUAGACAAUGGAUGGAGCCAGAUACAGAGAGAACAAAGAUCCCCUCCAUGAAAGCUUACAACACCAAGAAACUAAGGGAGAAAACAAUGGAAUGCCCGAGAAUCGAACUCGCGGCCAACGAGGUGGCACGCCAACACCAUGCCUACCACGCCACUGAGGCGCUUUCUCCCGUCAGCGACUCCAUUAACAACGGAAUAUAUGAUGGAUAUCCCACCUACAGAAGCAGCGAAUAUUCAGAAAUAUUCCCUCAACAUUUCGAUGCAUAUUCUGAAGAAGAAGAAGAAGAAGAAGAAGAAGAAGAAGAAGAAGAAGAGAGGAGGAGGAGGAGGAGGAGAGGAGGAGGAGGAGGAGGAGGAGGAGGAGGAGGAGGAGGAGGAGGAGGAGGAGGAGGGAAUUCCAGCAAGGAUAUACGUUCCUGA